AUAAUCUUUGGAGGUUCCAGACAGAACACGACUUUAAAGACGAAUAAAGCAAAUCGAAACUGGAGAAGACAUAUCGACGAGUUCCAAGAGAAUGACCAUUGAUAAGGUGGAAGACGAGCCACGAGCUCCCGUCGAAGGUGGAUGCGGUUUUGGCGGCGAUAAUGUCACUGUACAUGGUUCCAUCGCCGGAUCUGUCGCCGGAGAAGGUGCUGAGAAACCAAUUCAGGAAGCUAGGUGCAUGGAAGUCCCUUCCUCUGAGCCAGAAGCUCCAACCAUCCGUCCUAAUCAACUUACUAUCUUCUUUGGUGGGAAAGUUCGCGUCUUUGAUGGGAUUCCAGCAGACAAGAUUCAAGAAAUCAUCCGUAUUGCUGCUGCUACUGCUGCUAAAUCCAUUGAGACAAAGAACUCUACGAACACAAGUCCUGUCGCUUCUCCAGCACUGAACAGAGCUCUUUCUCUCUCAAGCACCUCCAAUGCAGCUUCCCCAGCUGCUCAAUCAUUCCCCGUUCACCCUAUUUCCUUCUGCAGAUCUGCUGCUGAUCUACCAAUUGCAAGGAGGCAUUCGCUUCAACGAUUCCUUGAGAAGAGACGGGACAGAUUGGUCAGCAAGAAUCCUUACCCUGCUUCAGACAAGAAGACAGAUGUCCCAAGAGACAAUGCCUCUGUUAAGGAGGAGUAUCCGACUGCUUAGCAGAAGAUCAACCAACCUUCAAGGCUGUAAUAAAGUUUAACGAAUAUAUCAUUCCUUCUAAGUGAAACGUUUAUAAACUUAUGAUAAUGUAAUCGUCUAUGCUGCUUCUGUGUUGUCUGAUAGUGUCUGUACAGGUUUGUUAGACCUGUUUUUAUCAUUUACGUUUUUUCUUCAAGGAUUAUUAUUGCAGUGUCCUAAGAGUCUAUCUUUAAACUAAUGUCUCAUGCUGUUAUGUUAUUGAACUUGUUAUAUCUUCCAGAUACAAA